UCUCUUCACACGGGCGGCUGGGAAAGAGCAAGCAAGACGAACAUGAAGGUCUGCAGUUAAAGAAGUUCAUCCCGUUGGUACCCCACUAAGGAGCAACCUGCCUGCCGUCACUAGGAGCUUGUGCCACCUGCAUCACUGAAGAAAGAGUUUUCGCACGACCCGCUUACCCUGUGCACUUCCCAUCACCAUGCAAGCUCUCUUUAGUCUCUUCCUCUUCUUUGUGCUUCUCACUACAGGUGCCUCUUUGGAGUGCGAAUCAUGUGCUGCUCAAGGAUACAGUUGCACUGGCCAGAAACAGAGUUGUCCUGCUGGCCUAGAUACCUGUCUCACCCUUCUGGUCGAAGGCACAACAGGAGGGCAAACGGUUACUAGCGUUGGGAAGAUGUGCUAUACCCAGGCUCUCUGUGACCUCUUGAAACCUGGAGACACAUUCAAUGUUCAUCAGGUCACUGGUACCAUCAAAGAAGUGACAUGCAAGGCCCCUUCUCCCUCAGCAUCUCUCCUCGUAGCUUUCCUGGGUCUCCUGUUGUCGAAGGUCCUCUUCUAAUGCCUCUGAGUCUUCAUAUCCUUGUCUCUGAUCAUUCACCUUUCAGAGACAUCAAGCUUUUUCUUUGUUUUAACGUGGGAAACUAAUAAAAGAAGACUGAUGAGGAACUGAAA